AUUAAUAUAUAUAAUUUUACAAUCAUUGUAUAAUUACUCUGUUAUUGUAUUACAAUGUGGUAUUAGUACUUGACACCAUCAAUAUUGUUUUGUGUUUGUUUGGCGCUUUUACUUUGAAGGAUUUAACCCAAGGAAGCCUUUUCUGCAAAAAAUGCCGCUUUUAUUCUGAAGAAUUGAACCCGGAAGUCGUACUGUCGUUGCUGCCGAGCGGAACACACACCAGUCGAGUGAACGAUAUUCUAGUUAAAACCCGUUAUUUCUCUGUUUUUAUCGGCUAUUCAUAGCCCGGGAAAGUUCUUCUACAUGUCCGCGUGACGUGUGAUGAUCCGAGAUGAGCGUCACUCUGGAUAUUAGGCUGAAAAGAGCGAACAAAGUUUACCAUGAAGGGGAGGCGGUGGCCGGCGUCGUCCUGCUGGUGUGUAAGGAGGUGCUGCAGCAUCACGGCAUCUCUCUGAACAUGGAGGGGCUGGUGAACCUGCAGCUGAGCUCCAAGAGCGUCGGCGUCUUCGAGGCUUUCUACAACUCCGUCAAGCCCAUCCAGCUGAUCAGCAGUACCAUCGAGGUGGCCAAAGCAGGAAAGAUCCCGGGAGGAAAGACUGAGAUCCCCUUUGAGUUCCCUCUGAACACCAAAGGAAACAAAGUUCUGUACGAGACGUACCACGGAGUCUUCGUCAACAUUCAGUACUCCCUCCGCUGUGACAUGAAGCGCCCCCUGCUGGCCAAAGACCUGAGCAGGAACUGUGAGUUCAUCGUUCACAGUCAGCCUCAGCAAGCUAAAGUUGUUCCCACUCCGGUCAACUUCACCAUCACUCCAGCAACCCUGCAGAACACCCGCGAGAGAAGUUUACUGCCAAAGUUUCUAGUCCGAGGCAACUUAGACGCCACCAACUGUGUGAUCAGCCAGCCGCUGACCGGAGAGGUGAUGGUGGAGAACUCAGAGGUCCCCAUAAAGAGCAUCGAGCUGCAGCUUGUGAGAGUAGAAACCUGCGGUUGUGCUGAAGGUUACGCCAGAGACGCCACAGAGAUCCAGAACAUCCAGAUAGCUGAAGGCGACGUCUGCCACGGCCUCCCGAUCCCCAUCUACAUGGUGUUCCCCCGGCUAUUCACCUGCCCCACACUGGAGACCACCAACUUCAAAGUGGAGUUUGAAGUGAACGUCGUCAUCGUGCUUCAUGAUGAUCACCUGAUCACAGAGAACUUCCCACUGAAGCUGUGCAGAGUCUGACGUCACAGGAGCUCUUUAAUGGUCCCUACACACAGCUUCUCUAAUAAUGAUAAUUAUCUGACUUUAAAGAAAACACAAUGUUCUGUCAUUAAUAAUUGUGACCAAAAGUGUAAAA